UUUUUCCUCCUUUAUUUUCUUCAUCUAUCGCCUCUAUUAAAUUCUCUCUCAGAAAACCAUAAAAAAUAUACAUAUAAAAAUUUUCUUUGGCUCAUUUUUACAACCUCAAACGGGAAACAGGAGAAAAGAAAAGCUUUCCUUCAACCAACCAAACCCUAAAUCGAUUCAAUUUAUUCAAAUCAAACAGAGCGGAGAUAGAGCCACUCGUUAAUGGAGAGAUAGAAUCGUUUGAGUUGAAUCGGUCAGAACAAGAUCUGAGUUCGAGGUUGUAAUUAAACUUAAUUUUUUUGUAUUAAAUGGGGGCGGCGGGUUCAAAACUCGAGAAAGCUUUGGGCGACCAGUUUCCUGAAGGCGAAAGAUAUUUUGGCCUUGAAAACUUUGGCAACACUUGCUAUUGUAACAGCGUGUUGCAGGCACUUUAUUUUUGUGUUCCAUUCCGUGAACAGCUGCUAGAAUAUUAUUCAAAUUAUAAAAAUGGUGCUGAUGCUGAAGAGAAUCUAUUGAUAUGCUUGGCCGAUCUGUUUACACAGUUCAAAUUUUGUAGGGAAGAUGAUGCUUUUCUGUUUCUAGCAAAUGUUAUAGAUGUUCUGAUAAGUUCACAGAAGAAGAAAACAGGUGUCAUUGCUCCAAAGCGCUUUGUACAGAGAUUGAAGAAACAAAAUGAGCUUUUCCGAAGCUAUAUGCACCAGGAUGCUCACGAGUUCUUGAAUUUUUUGCUAAAUGAACUUGUCGACAUAUUGGAGAAAGAGGCUCCAACAGCGAAAAAUGAGGCUGAAACUUCACCACCUGAAAAGGUUGCAAAUGGUCCAAAGAAUCCUCAAGCAAAUGGUGUUCAAAAAGAGCCUCUGGUUACAUGGGUACACAAGAAUUUUCAGGGAAUACUUACCAAUGAGACCAGAUGCUUGCGAUGUGAGACAGUGACAGCUAGAGAUGAAACUUUCUUUGACUUGAGCCUUGACAUUGAACAGAACAGCUCAAUUACUAGCUGUUUGAAAAAUUUUAGUUCUACUGAGACAUUGAACGCUGAGGACAAAUUUUUCUGUGACAAGUGCUGCAGUUUGCAAGAAGCCCAGAAGAGAAUGAAGAUAAAGAAGCCUCCUCACAUCCUGGUCAUCCAUUUAAAACGAUUCAAGUACAUUGAGCAGCUUGGCCGGUACAAGAAGCUCUCAUACCGUGUUGUGUUUCCACUUGAGCUGAAGCUGAGCAAUACUGUGGAAGAUGCAGAUUCGGAGUAUUCUCUGUUUGCUGUAGUCGUUCACGUGGGAAGCGGGCCUAACCAUGGGCACUAUGUUAGCCUGGUGAAAAGCCAUAACCACUGGUUAUUUUUUGACGAUGAAAACGUGGAGAUAAUCGACGAGUCCGCAGUUCAGACAUUUUUUGGGUCAGCCCAGGAGUAUUCAAGUAAUACAGAUCAUGGGUAUAUCUUAUUUUAUGAAAGUCUUGGUGCAAACAAGAAUAGCUGAGGAAGAGGGUUUGGCUUUUACCAUGAGUUGCUGUUCUAGACUCAGUAAAAAAGGGAAAGAAAAUCAAAUAGACAAACUGUGCAGAUAUGCUAGAAUCAGUAAAUGUGAAAUAAGAAAGGGCUAUUUGCAAAUGAGGAGAUAGAGAAGCUGUUGUUUUUACAGCUUUGUAUGUCCUGUAAUUAGAAUGUAGGCGUUAGGAGAGUUGACUUUAAUAGCGUAGCUUUUUGACCUAUAUAUUUGGUACAUUCAUUGGUUACAAAUACAGAUUUUCACAUAUUUUGUCA